CGUCGCCCUAGUGCUGUUAGGAAUAGACCUAUGAUCAGGUAGAGUCGAACGAUUAGGUAGUUCAGUCUAGAUAUAUUCCUUGAAUGUUUUUCUAAGACUUUAAGUAUAGGGGAAGGUCGGUUCCCGACAGCAGCGAGCGUGGGAGGCGAAUCCUUGGCGUAUAUGCUUUGUGUCUUGGCUUGUUUGUUGGGCGGUUGGUGGUGAUUUGUCUUCAUGACUACAAUAUAUACUGGUAUAUAUACCUCAGUUUCUAUAGAGCAUCUUGCUUAUUAUGCAGGCUCCCGUUCACCACGAUGAAGUUGCCGAGAUCUCGAUUGACGCCAGCCUCUGCUGCUUAAUCCUCGACAUCAUAACUACACAAUGGAUUCACAAUGGAUACACGAUGUGUGGCUCGGACUGGUACUCUGCAACAAGACCACGAGCUGAACUCUGAGUGGUGAGAUUCCACUCCGGCCCUACAGAUAUUACCUGCCGGCAACCACCUAUUACAAGGCGCCCAGUAUGCACGAAGCCCUAGCAGCGGGAGGCUGCAAAAGUGCAGUCACGUGUAAGGGCGGGGGAGUUCAGCCUGAUGCACACCCUGUCCACCCCCCUCGGCCUUCCUUUCCAGAUAUCUGUAAUAGCAAAAGCCGCCCCAGAGCUUAGACAGUUUCUCAGACCUGACCGCGAUGACCGACCCCCUCAGCAUAGCUGCGGGCGUCGCCGGCUUAUGCGGUCUCACCAUCCAGAUCUCACAACUCAGCUACCAUUACUUCUCCGCCCUGAAAAGCGCAUCGGACAACCAAGCCUUAUUCAUCCAGGAGCUUUCGGCCUUGACAUCGGUGUUUCUGCGGCUGCGACAGGCUACUCAGAUCGAUGGGCUCGGCGAUAUUAUUGACCGUCGCCAGCCCAUGAUAUCAAAGACGGUGAUGGAGGACUGCAAGACGCGGUUGGAAAAGGUGAAGCUCGUGUUGGAGAGGAAAGCGUCGGAGCAUGGCAUUCGGAAAAAACUAGGUGCGCUCGUGUGGCCGUUCCAGGAGAAGGAGAUGAAGGAGACGGUGGAGAUGUUGCAUCGGUUCAACGCCGUUUUUGCGUCUGCGUUGGCGACAGACCAUUUGUGAGUCCCUUGCACUCAUGACUACGGUAUCGUUGACAGAUGCCGGGACUAAUGACCAAUGCAGCAACGUUUCUGUUGCCGGCUUGAAGGAGCUCCGAACCAUGACCUCCGCGAAAGAGAGAAUCGAACUGAGAAACUGGCUUAGCCCCUCCUUCACUCCUGCUCCGCUCAGCACUUUCAUAGAGAAGCUAUGUGAGGGGACUGGAUCGCAUUUCUUGAACUGCAAAGAGUAUUUGGUGUGGAGAGAUGGCGCAGAAGGACUUCUCUGGGCAUAUGGACGGCCCGGCACAGGAAAGACCGUGCUCUCCGCUGCCGUCGCUCAAGAUCUGGAUACGGCGUCAUCGUCAAGCCAGAGCGCAGUCGCAUACCACUUCUUCAGCGCGGAACGAAGCCAUGAGACAUUGGAUGGCUUUUUGCGGCAUCUUGCCUUGCAAUUCUUGGACCAAGCUGACACUGUAACGGAAGAUGUUGUUAAUCUGUGGAAGAAGGCGAAGUCAACCAACUCCUCCCUCCUUCCCGAUGAGAUUAUCAGUAUCAUAUCAAGUACUGUCAACAAAACGUCAGUGGUAUAUGCAGUUCUAGACGGCCUCGACGAAUGUCCCUUCCUGGCGAAACUGGCAAAGCUGUUGCCCAAGCUAUCAAAGACCGGCUUGAAGAUUUUCGCUACCUCACGCGAUCUGUCCGACAUCCGCAAGCAUUUCGACAAGUCGUCGCAUGUUGAGAUCUCAGCUACAAAAGACGACCUAGCGCACUAUAUCGACUGGAGAUUACAAGAAGAGAGCGAAGUCGACUACGAUCUCAUACCGCAAUCCUUCAAAUCCGACUUGACCUCUGCAGUGGUAAACCACGUCGAUGGCUGUUUCCUGGUAGCACGGCUGGUCAUGGACCACAUAACUAGCCUUACAACCAUCAAAAAGAUGCGCCUAGCUCUUGAGUCGCCGCCUGUUGAUUACAAGGAGGCAUAUGGAAGGACGAUGGAGCGCAUCGCCAAACAAAACGCUGGGCGUAAAACGUUGGCGGUCAAGGUCAUGGUGUGGAUCUGCUAUGCCAAACGGCCUCUGAAACUCGAGGAACUGCAACAGGCACUGGCCACAGAGGAUGGAGAGGACGAGAUUGAUCCCGAGAAUGUGGAGAGUGCGAGGUCGCUCCUAUCUUGUUGCCUUGGUUUGGUCGUGCUGUCCAAGGCCGAUCGCACACUAGGCAUGGUGCAUGAAACCGCCAUGAACUUCGUACGAGCGACGGAUAUCGUUAACGAAGUCGAGCCAAACCUGCUGAUAUCGCAGACGUGUCUGACCUAUUUGUCCAUCAACCCAAUGCGCGAGGGUUCCUGCGAAAAGAUCGAGGACCUGCAGUCCAGGCUCCAACAUCUCCCCUUUCUCGAUUACGCUGCGCACUUCUUCGGCUACCACGCCCGGGCGGUAGAAAAGCAGUGCCUUGCGAAACUUGGGGACUUUCUUCGCGAUAAUUCUCUGCGAGGAGCUUCGUGGCAGGUCCUGCAUAUCACAUCGCACAGAGAGCUGGACGUUGCGACCUAUAUGUUCCGCGACAUACCUCGUUCCGAGUUGCCAUUGCAUGUGGCUUCUUACUGGGGCUUCUCAGAGCUGGUUCAUGACCUGCUGAAAGCCAAUCCCCAGCCGCUCUCUGAUAUCAAUGCUCCCGACUCCCACGGCUGGACACCGAUGCACUGGGCAGCGUCCAUGGGCCACCACGCGGUCGUGCACGCCUUACUCCAAGCCGGCGCGUCGGCGAACGUUCGCGACGCCGCACAUUGGACUCCCCUCUUCUGGGCAGCAUUCAAAGGCCACGACAAAGCGCUAUCCACGCUCCUAAACCACGGUGCAGACUGUUAUGGAGCGGACCGCAACGGCUGGACGGCCCUUCAUUGGGCCAUUUCGGCCCACCACGAAAAUUGCAUCGACCUCCUAUUUCACCACAUGAAUCAGAAUCCCCAGCCUCGAGAUCCGUCUGCGGUGAGCAUCAGCAAGACCAUCUCCCUCAAAGCCCUCACCGUCCCCCAAGCAAAAUCGAUCAUGGCCUCCCUCCAUGAAGAAACAAGCCUCCUCAGUCACGCCGCAAAGGUAGAAGACCUGGCCGCCUUUCGCUCCCUCCUAGAUGGCGCCGAGGCCCUCCGCCUGGGCAAAAUCCGCGGCGCAGCAGACGCCAACGACAACAAGAAAGUAACAAGGGCGAACCCCGCCGGUACAGGCAUCUGGGCCCAAGAGCCGCCCGUCCGCGACCUCUGGCGCGGACUGUCGAAAUCCGACUACAUGUUCUGGAGCGGCCAGCACCGCAAGUCGCCGUUAAAGACGUUUCGGAAGCGGAUGCUGCAUAACGCUAUCGAGGAAGGAAAUUACGCAAUAGUGGCGGCGCUGCUACGUCUCAGUCGGGAUCUGGGCCUGGAUUUGAGUCGGGACAGCGUGAAUUGCGGGGGUCUCACAUAUCUACAGAUCGCUCUUUGUAAGGGCCAAGUCCGCAUAUUGGAUGCACUGUUGGCGGCGGGCGCGGAUAUCAAUGCUCCGGAUGGACGGGGUGGUAUGACGCCUCUGCACAUAGCGUGCAUGGGAAACGACAGAGGGAUGAUUGAGCGCUUACUGGAUUGUAAAGGGGUUGAUGUCAAUGCGGUGGAUAAGAAGGGUCGGACGCCUUUGCAUACCUUACUCGAAUAUGGAGCGAGCAGAGCGUCCGUCGAUGCCGAUGUAAAUGUUGAGCUGUGUCGACUUCUCCUCUCCCGAGGCGCCUUGCUCGACGCUCUCGACAACGAUGGAAAUACGGCACUCCACAUGGCCUGCAAAUCGUGGGAUGUGAGGCUCAUAAACUUUCUGAAUGGGCAGGGGUGCGAUGUGGAUGCUAAGAAUGGGAUGGGGCUUACCGUCCUUCAUUGCCUCUCUAUGUGGGACAGCGUCGGGAGCGACCAUUGGUACAUCCACGCCUAUUUCGAAAGAGGGGACAUUACGAUCCCACAGAGCGCGAACGAGGAAGUCAUGGACAGGUUGCUCUCACUUGUUGACGCCGCUCAUCUCGACGCCAUUGGCUCCCUGUCCGACUGGGGCUUCGACACGCAAACUGGCGAGUAUAGACAGAUACCCGGCGACGAAUACACGCCCUUGGCUUUGGCCAUCGCUUCUAGAGAAUGGAAUCUCGCGGGCCGGCUCAUGAACCUCGGGGCACGGUUCUACACGACCGACUCGUUGCAACAUUUACUGUACAGUAGCGCGAGAAAUGGCCAGGCGGCCAUGGUGAAGCUGCUGCUGGAGCACGGGUCAGAUUCCAAGACAAUGAUGGAUCCGACCUAUGUCAACAGAGGGAUACUGGAAGAGGUCGUUGGGAACGCUCCCGUCAUGGCACAAUGCGAUGGGGUGGAAUUCUCGCAUGACGAGGAGCCCAACACGCAGCACUCUGGGUCUGACUACCGAAUGACGAUCCACUGUCUGCUUGGAGCGGGAGCGGAUCCGAAGUUUGAGGGAUACAAUGAGUCUGCCAUUGAAGCGAGCAUUCUCCGCAAUGUGUCUGUGGAAAUCCUCCUUCAACUUCUCGAAGGAGGUGCAGAUCCCUACGCCACAAGCCACUGCGGUUAUGACGCCUUCUCUUUGGCCUUAGUACAAGGCUCGUCAGAGAAGCUUCUCCGUCUCCUGGAAUUCGCAAAGAACCAUGCCCGACAAGGCCACUGGCUGCAGGUAUCCCCGGAUUUCGACCUUUCACAGCCAGGAGCAGGGACUCAGCUUGUACUAGGCUGUCUCCGGCAAGCUGACCUGAUCGACUUUGAAUACAAGAAAGGCGAAACUAUGCUGCAUAGCGCUGUGAGCAACGCCAACCUAAAUCUGGCGAAAUCACUGCUCGAUCAUGGCGCCGAUGUCAACUUCGAACACGCAUACUACGGCACUCCGCUCCACCGGGCCAUCGCCCGAAUCCGGCGUAUCCAUCAGGCGGAACUGGGCAAGGAGGCGCGGGAAAAGUCCCAGCUUCCGAAUGCGGUCACGUAUAACACCACGGUGGGGAAGUCUGAAUUGUCGUUCCUCACGCGGGAUCGGUAUCCGUGGAAUAGGUCCACUGCGGGCGACAGAAGGCUCUCGAUCGGGGACCUCGUCAAAAUCGUACAGCUGCUCGUUGACCGUGGAGCCGAUUUGAACGCUGAGGGUGCGAGAUUCUCAAAACCGCUCAACAUGCUGCUCCAGGUCGCACCUAUGGAGAUUAGCAGCACCGCGCUGGGCCUUGCGCAGAUGCUCCUGGAUCGGGGAGCCCCCGUCGCUGCAGUCGCUGACAACUUCACCGUGGAACAUGUUGCCCGGUUUCUUGGGCACGAGGAGCUUUGGGAGCGGCUGAGGGAUGGUAUAAGUGCUGGGGCUGAGAUGAAAGAGCGGCCUACGAUAUUGCACACGUGGGUGGUGCCUUUGGACAAGGACGAUACUUAUGGUGAUAUAAUGGAGUGGAGGAUUAACCGCUAGGAUUUAGAAUACAAUACGGUUAGUAGUUGUGUUUACUAACUAAGGAGACAUAACGUGGAUGAUCUUGAAAUGAGAUGGCCACUCCACCAAAAGUCGUGGAUAAUCAAUCUUCUAGAGAACGUCAUAUGUUCCUUGCCCGAAAGGACAUUGCAAAAGCAACCCUAAAUCGAACAACAUUCGGGCCGUGGCAAACAUCUUUAGGG